AUGGACAUAUACACAAAUCUCACUGAAGCUCAGGCUCUUUCAUUAUCCUAUAAGCAUAAUGAACUACAUGAAAACUCCCAGGAAUUAUCUUUCUCUGAGAAAGUUGUCUUCUUUCGUACAAGUUUUUUGAAAAACAAAGAAAAACAUGCAGGAAAGCCACAGAAGCACAUUUCAAUGAGAUGGAGGUCUGAGAUAGGUGCAAUCCUCAAUAAAUCCAAAAUGGACUUGAAGAACUCUUACAAAGUUCACUUUAGCCUUGCGGCUUAUGAUGAAGACGUCUGGAAUUCCAUCACAGAUGUUUUUCAUGCAUUUGAAAAUCAUGAAAUAAAGGGCCAGAAAAAAACAGAAAAAUGUACCCAAUACUGUUUUGCAAACUUUUCAAAAGUUAAAGUUAACAGCGAAAAAAUUAUGCUGCUGAAAAAACUUUCCACGGGAAAAAUCACACCCGAAGAAUUUAGGAGCUCAUGCCUAAGUGGAGGAAAGAACAAUGAAAAAACAACUGUCAGUCAGGCUACAAAAAGGAAAUCACAGCAAAACAUUGGAAGUAAACCUGAUGAAGUAAAUGUUGAGGUUCCUUUGAACAAUUCAAAGUCUGAAAAAAGGACCGAGACAAACAAAGAUGAUAAUGAUGAUUUGAAAGAAAAAAUGGAAGAUCUAGGAAAACAGCUUAAAGACACAAAUAGAGAACUUGAGAAUUCCAAACAGAAGAUUAAGCAGCUAAGUAAGCAACUGCAAGAAAUGGAAAAAGAAACACAAUUGAAAGACGCACAGCUGGAAAAUAAAGACAAGCAAAUAAAAAAAUUAAAGAAAAAAAUCAUUGAAAUAAUGGAUGUAAUGCAGAGGAUGAAGGCGUUGGACAACAAAUCAAAGACUAAAAUAGAUGAAUUACAAAAAUCACUGAAAGAGGAAAAGGACAGAUGUCAGCUUGCAGAAGAAGCUGCUGCACGUGCUAGAACAACAGAGAAGGCUCCAGUAGUUGAACACUCCUUGAAAAGAAAAAGUGACACUUCACAGACUGAAGACAUAGUACAAAAGAAAAUGAAAAGACAAGAAAGUGUACAAGACAAGCAACCAAGUGGAUCCUCUGUUAUCAUAACAGAAGAAAAAGAUCUAGUACUGGUAGAGUAUACCAAGGGCAAAAUUUACUUUGCCAUUAAGGAUGGUGAUUUCCUAACAUAUUGCCAACGACCAGUCGGGGUGAUACGGGAUGGACACUUCACACACGCCCCACAGAAACUUUCAUUCACGGUGAAUGAAAAGGAUAGACAAAGUUUUGAUGAGAAAUACAUAAUCUGUUCAAUGAAAGGAAAACUUGUUGGGAAGUGUAUAAAAGCUGACCAGUUAUCCAUUAGCAUAGAAAAUCAAAUGAAAGCCAUUCAUAAGUAUAUUAAUUAAAUGUAAGUCAAAUAUUUAGAAAGUAGAGAACUUUAACCAAGACUAA